AGGGAGAUCGAGAAAGAAAAGUGUGAGGGCUGUGGCUGGGAGAAACAGAAGUGAUGAGAGAGCGAGCGGGGAGGCUGGAGGAGGCUGCCCGUCCUGCCGCUGUGCCCCGCAGGGACCGCCGCUCCUGCCGCCGCCGGGCGCCCCCGCGGCCGCCGCUGCCGCCCCGCCGCCCCCGGCCCGCGACAUGGAGGCGCUGAAUGGCCCUGGACCAGGGCCCGGCGACGCGCUGCGGCCACCGCCGCCUUCUCCCGGCCACCACCACCCGCACGCCGAGAAGAAGCGGCCGCACCGCGCCCCGUCGCCCGCCAGACCCUUCCUCAAGGACCUGCACGCCCGCGCCGCCGCCAAGCCGCCGCCCGCGCCCCCCAAGUCCCCCGGCCUCCCGGCCCGGGCGCCCCCUUCGCCGCACCCGGGCGCCCACCCUCCGGCCGCGGGGCUGCUGGCAGCGCCGGGCCGCCUCUCCCGCCGCCCCACCGCCCCGGGGAGCAAGGCGGCCGCCGCCGGCACCGCCGUCGGCAGGGCGGGCGCCAAGGCCGCCCCCUGCGCCAAGCGGGCGGCCCGCGGUCCGGAGCCGGGCCCCGGCGGCCGAGGCGCGGGGCGGCAGCCCGGCGGCGAGGCGGCCCCGCCGCCCGGUAAGGGCAGGAAGGCGAAGCGGGGCGCCGCGGCGGGCAGCGGCCAUGCGGUGGCAGCGGCGCUGGCCCGCGUCGGCCACACGGACAGCAGCUCCGACCUCUCCGACUGCCCCUCCGAGCCCCUCUCCGACGAGCAGCGCCUGGCCCCGGCCGCCAGCAGCGACGCCGAGUCCGGCACCGGCUCCAGCGACCGCGAGCGGGAGCCGCCCGCCGCGCAUCCCGCCGCUCAUCCCGCCGCGCAUCCCGCCGCCGAGCCAUCCCGCGCCGGCCCCGGCCCCGGGCGCGGAGCUCCUCCGGCCUCUGGCUCCCGUGGAGAUGCGCUACCUGCGGCCCUGGGCGGGGGGCGAACCCCCAGCCGCGCGGAGCCGCCGCCGGCGGGCCCGGAGGAGCUGCAGCGGGAGGUGGAGGAGCUGCGCUCGGAGAACGAGUACCUCAAGGAUGAGCUGGAUGAACUUCGGGCUGAAAUGGAAGAAAUGCGUGACAGCUACUUAGAGGAAGAUGUUUACCAGCUGCAGGAGCUCCGGCGAGAGCUGGACCGGGCAAACAAGAAUUGCCGCAUUCUGCAAUAUCGUCUCAGGAAAGCAGAACAGAAAAGCUUGAAAGUUGCACAAACAGGCCAUGUGGAUGGAGAGCUCAUUAGGAGCCUGGAACAAGAUUUAAAGGUAGCCAAAGAUGUUUCUGUCAGACUGCACCACGAGCUGGAGAGUGUGGAGGAGAAGCGUGUGAAAGCAGAGGAUGAAAAUGAAGUCCUUCGGCAGCAAAUCAUUGAGGUGGAAGUAUCCAAGCAGACGCUGCAAAAUGAGCUGGACAAGUUAAAAGAGUCGGAAUUUCACAAGGUCACAGUAGGUGAGAAGAUGGAGGUUUGA